CGUUAAGCUGGAAUAAGAUAAGAUAAUUACAAUCAGUAGCGAUUUCUUCAAGAUUAACAAAAUGAAAAUAAAUAUAACUGACAUCUUCAACUUUAGUAUGGAACAAGCAUCAGCCGUUCUUGAAGAAUAUACCCUUAGAGAUCACAUUUUUUCUUCUCCAAUUGAGACCACUAUUGUGAUAAGUUACUGCAUUCUCAUGACAUCGGGAGUGUGUAGUAAUUUACUCAUAUCCAUUGUCAUUUUAAAGAAUACGAAAAUUCGUACUAAUAGAAAUCUUCUUGUAGUGAAUCUCAGUAUGACAGACAUAGCCUUGUGCAUAUUCUGCAUGCCUUUCACACUUCUGCAAUUAAUCAGAAAAAAUUGGGUACUUGGUUCAGUUCUGUGUAAAUUGGUGCCAUUUUUUCAAGGUUCGACUAUCUUUAUCAUGGCAGGAACCGUUAUGGCCAUUGCCAUCGAAAGACAUAACGCUAUCGUACGGAGCCACAUUCACAGAACUAUUAUUUGUAAAAAAUUUUGUAUCUGUACAAUAUCAAUUUGGGUGAUAUCUUUAAUUCUAUCAAUACCGGUUUGCCUCUUUCAAAAAGUUGUUCCUAUUAGAAUGAGUGGGUUUAUUCUAUCAGAAAAAUGUAUGGAACAUUGGCCUUCUGGACACAUUAAAUCUAUCUACACUGUUGUCGUCCUUUUAAUGCAAUUUGUCAUACCUACUAUGAUUUUAAUUGCAACUCAUUGUAGAGUAAGAACAUAUUUAAAUAUAAAAAUAGCUCAUCCUCAUCAAGAAAUAGCUCCAGGAUAUAAAGAAAGAUUACGGAAAGAACUGAAAAGAAACGAAAGAGCUACAAUGAUACUACUUAACUUAUCUAUUGUAUUUACAAUUAGUUGGCUACCUUGGAAUAUAGUUAAUUUGAUAGCAGAUUUCCAUCCCAAGAUUUUUUCACCCGAAACUCUUUAUUUAAUUUUUGCUUUGUGUCACAUCAUAGCUAUGACUUCUGCUACAACUAAUCCAAUUUUGUAUGGUUGGCUAAAUACUAAUAUCCGAAGAGAAUUGUUAAAGAUGGGCGAGGUUGUGGGGAUAGUUUUGUCUUCACAUAGUAGACCUACCAGUAAUAAUGGAUCUGCAGUUCAGGUUUCGGAUGGGAUCGAGAUGCGUAACACAGCUAAUAGCAAUUGAAAAAUCUAUAUUUAGCUUGAAUUUAAUAUAUUUUCUCAUAUACCGUAGUUAUACUCAAAAUUUAUCUGAAGCAAUUAUAGAGUUACUGUAAUUUUAUA